ACCCAGCCAUCCUGUGGGAGGGGAGGAGAGCUCUGCUGCUCCUGCUGAAAGGGGAGACAUGGGCAACACUCAAAAAAAGCCCCACUGCAAAGGGGACGGGGGUCCACACAGUGAGUCCAGCAACUCCCACCACCAUGGACAAUGGAAAAGCAAAGGAGGCAGCUCAGACAAGUACAAAGUCCCACAGGAGUCAAAGGAGAAUGUGGCCAACGGUUCUAACCAGAGUGCAUCGGCAGCUUCCAAGCCGGGUGAUCAGAACAGUAAGGGAAUUACAGGCAGGGGGAAAACAGAAGAAACUGUCAAUCUUGAUGUUCCAUGUGGAGCCCUACCCCCACAUUUGUCCCGGCUAAAGAAUGAAGGAAACCUGCUGUUUAAAAAUGGACAGUUUGCCGAUGCACUGGAGAAAUACUCACAAGCCAUUCAGGGAUACACUGACUCAGGGAUUGACAGUCCAGAGGAUCUUUGUAUUCUGUAUUCUAACAGAGCAGCGUGUUACUUGAAAGAUGGCAAUAGUCAAGAUUGCAUACAGGACUGCACAAGGGCCCUGGAGCUGCAGCCAUUCUCCCUAAAGCCCCUCCUGCGUCGGGCCAUGGCUUACGAGUCCCUGGAACGUUACCGAAAGGCCUACGUGGAUUACAAGACCGUCCUGCAGAUCGACACCAGCGUGCAGGCAGCACACGACAGCGUCAACAGGAUCACCCGGCUGCUGAUUGGGCAGGAUGGCUCAGAGUGGAGAGAGAAACUUCCAGAGAUUCCUCUGGUGCCUUUGUCGGCUCAGCAGCACCGCAGAGAGGAGCCACCCAGUGCAGAGGUCCUGCAGGCCCGAGCAGAAAAGGCUGCCAGGGAUGCAGAGAGGAGAGCAGAAAUCCGUUUUUCAGCUUUGAAGCAAGAAGGAAAUGAUUUUGUAAAGAAGGGCCAAUACCAGGAUGCUCUGGGGAAGUACUCAGAAUGUCUUAAGUUAAAGCCACAGGAGUGUGCCGUCUACACCAACAGAGCUCUGUGCUACUUGAAGCUGGAGAUGUUCACCGAGGCCAAGCAGGACUGCGACGCAGCCCUGAACCUGGAGCCGACCAAUAAGAAGGCUUUCUACAGACGAGCCCUGGCCAGUAAGGGCCUGAAGGACUACCUGGCCUGCAGCUCAGACCUGCAGGAAGUGCUGCGGUUGGAUCCCAACGUGCAGGAGGCAGAGAAGGAGCUGGAGGAGGUGACGGUGCUGCUCAGAGAGAGUCUGGCUCAUUCCUCAGAGGCCAAACCCAGGAGGAGCGUCCCCAUCACAGAGGUUGAUGAUGACGAGGACCUAACAGCUGUUCCUAACUCGGAGACCACCAGCACAGGAGAGGAUGUCACCAUCAACCUCAAGCCAACCAACGCCUAUGAAUUUGGCCAGUCCCUGAACGCAGCACGCUGCAGCGGGAACACCGCGGCCUGCGCUGAGCUGCUGGCCUCCACGUCACCAGAGCUGCUCCCUCAGUAUCUCAGCACGCAGCUGGACUCCGUCACCAUCAGCUUCAUCAUGCGGGCACUCCACUCACAUUUACUGGUGAAAAAUCCCAGCUUGGUGUACCAGCACCUCAGCCACCUGCACACUGCAGACAGGUUCCCCAUGGUCCUCAUGCUGCUGGAGAAGGACGAGCGGCACCUCAUGACGCAGCUGUUUGAGCACCUCUCAGCUGUGGAGAGCGCUGAGUUCACCAAGAUCACCUCCACUCUUUGGUCUAUGCAAACCACAAACUGAGUCCGCAGAGGCAGGAAGCAGCAGAACGUGUCCACAGCAACACCACAGGACUGAUGUAGAACCACUCUGCUAGCAGACUUCUGUUUGUACCGGCACCACUACAGCUGUGCUGCAA